UUCUCCCGGUGUCUAGUAGUUUCCGUGUCGCUGACGCAUGCUUGCGCACACAGCCGGGCCCGGCGCGUCCUACGCAGCAGCCGCGAGCCGGGCUGCGGGUGCCAGACGGUUCCCCGCGGGGGGCAGGGGCGGGACUCCCGGCAGAGGAGGUGCGGUUGGGGCCCGGGCAGGCUGGGGUCCUGGGUCGGCGGCUGGAGUUAGGGAGCUCCGAUCGGGCUCCCCGGGCCUGCGCCCGAGAUAGCCCUCCUGGGCACCGGUCUGCCGGGGGCAGAUAAGGCUACGGAAGGCGCCUAGUCACCGGCUGCAAGCACGGCCCCAGGGCCCAGCUCCCACCUCCGAGCGCCCCUUGCUCCCGGGGGCUUCGGCCGCAGCGUGGAGCUGUGGUUCUUCUGCCUGACUCCUUCUGUCCUGCAGCUCGGAGGAGGCCAGCCUGACGACUGACGAGUUGCCAUGGCAUCCUACUAUGAGAUUCUAGACGUACCGCGAAGUGCGUCGGCUGAUGACAUCAAGAAGGCGUACCGGCGGAAGGCUCUACAAUGGCACCCAGACAAGAACCCCGAUAAUAAGGAGUUUGCUGAAAGGAAAUUUAAGGAGGUGGCUGAGGCCUAUGAAGUGCUCUCUGAUAAGCAUAAGCGGGAGAUCUACGACCUCUAUGGCCGGGAAGGGCUGACUGGGGCAGGCACUGGCCCCUCUCGGACAGAAACUAGUGGUGGUGGGCCUGGCUUCACCUUCACUUUCCGAAGCCCUGAGGAGGUCUUCCGGGAGUUCUUUGGGAGUGGAGACCCUUUUGCAGAGCUCUUUGAUGACCUGGGCCCCUUCUCAGAGCUUCAGAAUCGGGGUUCCCGACACUCAGGCCCCUUCUUUACCUUCUCAUCUUCCUUCCCUGGACACUCUGAUUUCUCCUCCUCAUCUUUCUCCUUCAGCCCUGGGGCUGGUGCUUUUCGCUCUGUUUCUACAUCCACCACUUUUGUCCAAGGGCAUCGCAUCACAACACGCAGAAUCAUGGAGAAUGGGCAGGAGCGGAUAGAAGUAGAGGAAGAUGGGCAGCUGAAGUCAGUCUCAAUCAAUGGUGUCCCAGAUGACCUGGCACUGGGCUUGGAGCUGAGCCGUCGUGAGCAGCAGCAGUCAGUCACCUCCAGGCUGAGGGGCACGCAGGUCCGGCAGACUCCUGUCUCACGUCCCUCUGACAGCGACCUCUCUGAGGAUGAGGACCUGCAGCUUGCUAUGGCUUACAGCCUGUCAGAGAUGGAAGCAGCUGGGCAGAAGCCGGCAGGUGGGCGGGGGGCACAGCAACGACGGCAGGGGCGGCCCAAGGCCCAGCACCAAGAUCCCAGCAUGCAGGGGACUCAUGAGGGUAUAAGGGGUGAGGCAACCAAACCCAGCUCAUCCCCAGAGGAGAAGGCAUCUCGCUGCCUCAUCCUCUGAACACAGGCCCAGCCUGGCUUGGUUCAGGUUCUGAUACAGGAUCUGGACCCCUGUCAGGAGAGCAGAGGAGAGUACGGCCUGAGUUGCAGGGGCCCAACUCAAUUCUCCUUCCAGGCCCACCGCCCUCCAGUGUGGACUUGGGGUUUGCUGUGCUCAGCCUAGGGCUGAUAAGUGCCUGGGUGAAGCCCAGGAGGGGAUUGGUGGGGUGGUGGGGACAUGCCAGGGCAGUGGAAGGGCUAGAGGAGUCUGGAUACACUUGUUAGAUGGGGCAUUUCUUGAUGGGGCGGGGCAUUAGUGGUUUGGAUUGAGCCUUUUGUGCCCAAGUCCUUGCCACCUGUGUUGCUGAUAGCGUUAAGGAAGGAGGACUUGGCCUGGGGUGUUCUGAGCCUAGUUGGCAGCUACCCUGGAGAGCAGUGCAGGCUGAGUGGAGUCUCCGCUCUCCUUGAUCAGCUGCAGACCCUGUGGUUUCUGUGCAAUGUUGACUUCUGACUGUGCUUCCCUUCUGGUGCUGCUCUCCUUCCCACUCUGCUUUCUGCAUCUCCCUGCGGGCUGCAUCGCUUGCUUUCACUGCAAGGACUCCCUUCUCCUCCUCUCCUUGAGGAGCCUCAGUGUGCCCAGCAAGAUGUUGGGUCCAGUGGGCUUCACGGGAUGCUAACUGGGUGGGGCGGGAGCCUCUCAGUUGUCCAGAAUUGGAAGCGGAGACCACUCCUCCUCCCUUCCUCUUGGUGCCUCAGCCUGCCCUGGCCAUGGGACUAGGCAGAGGUGAGGCUGGCUAACCCUGGAGAGGUGGGGUAGGGCCAAGAUGACCUGGGGGAGGCCUAGGUGGGAACUGUAUCCCAUACUACUACCCUACCAUGCAUCAGGUCUCAGAGAGAGGCCGCAGGGCCAGUCCAGGUGUGCAUGCUCAGCUCCAUCCUUCAUGGCUUGCUUCUGACCCUCUCUCCUGUCACCCGCCCCUGCUCUCUCCCCAGAUGUGUUCUGAGCUGGAUGUCCUGGAUCCAGAGUUGCUGCACAGUUCCAACAGGACAGCGCCCUCCCCCAUGCACUGGGAGGGAACACACCAUUCCUCUCCACCCAUGUUGGGUGUAGGGCUGGGGCCUGGGUGGUG